UCUUUGAUGCCAAGGAGUAUGCUCAAAGAGGUGGAGACUGACAAGAAGCAGAUCAAAGCCAUAACGCAGUGGCAUACAGAGACAGGAAAUCCACAACAGGUCUGCAUCCGGAGAUGAACUCAACAUUCAAGAAACACACUGAAUGAGAAUGAGGCUUUUGCUUAUAGUCACCACUCUUGUGGCUCUGGCCAGUGCAGCCAGCAUCUCUCUCGAAGACAUGGAGUUUCAUGCCUGGAAAUUGAAGUUUGGUAAGAUCUAUAAGUCUGUGGAGGAGGAGUCUCAGCGUAAGAUGACUUGGUUGGAAAAUCGCAAACUGGUCCUGGUACACAACAUGCUGGCUGACCAGGGCAUUAAGAGCUACAGACUCGGCAUGAACUACUUUGCAGACAUGGAUAACCAGGAGUACAGAGAUGCUGUGUUUAAGGGCUACCUGGGAUCCUUCAACAGGACUAAGAAACACAGUGCGGCUACAUUCCGCCGACAAUCAGGAGCUGUUCUGCCAGAUACUGUGGACUGGAGGGAAAAGGGCUAUGUGACUGAUGUUAAGGCUGGUAAAUGUAGCUGGGCCUUUAGUGCGACAGGGUCACUAGAAGGCCAGAUAUUUGGGAAGAUGAAGAACCUGAUGCCACUGAGUGAACAGCAGUUAAUCGAUUGCAUCUGGCCAUAUGGGGAAAUUAAGUGCUUUGGAUCUGUGGUCAAUUCCUUUGAAUAUAUUAAAAACAACAAUGGAAUUGACACCGAGGCAUCCUACCCUUAUGUGGGGCCCGGCAGGGUUUGCAGGUUUAAUCCAGCCACUGUGGCAGCUAACUGCACUGGCUAUGUGAUUAUAAUGAGUGGAGAUGAGAAAGCUCUACAGGAAGCUGUGGCCAGAAUCGGACCCAUUUCUGUCGCCAUAGAUGCAACCAAAUCUUUCCAGCACUAUGAAUCUGGUAUCCACGAUAACCCCGACUGUAGCAGCACUGAGAUGAAUCUUUAUGUCCUGGUUGUUGGUUAUGGCACAGAAAAUGGAAAAGACUACUGGUUGGUCAAGAACAGCUGGGGUCUUGACUGGGGUGACAAAGGCUAUAUCAAGAUGUCACGGAACAAGAAUAAUCAGUGUGGUAUUGCCAGUAUGGCCAUCUAUCCUCUGGUUUAAAGGUGUGUACAAUAAAAGUCAAUAAUGUGACAGCUAUUAUUAUUAUUAUUAUUAUUAUUAUUAUUAUUAUUAUUAUUAUUAUUAUAAGGCUCUUUAUUAUUUUAAGUGAUGAAUACUGACAUUAACUGCUUAUUAUAUACACAUAAUAUCAAUUUAUUCUUAUUAUUCAUAUCUACUAGCUUAAAAAGUCAUUCUCUAUAAAACUGCAAUAUUAUUACUUAUUGAUGUUUUUCUACAGGUGGGUAAAAAAAAAAAACUCCAUCUAACAUCUAUCUGGCUAACUCAAUCUGCAUCAACUACACGACUUGAUUUGCAUCCAUAUACAUACAGUCGCCGUGUAGAAAAAAAAGUAGAAAAAAAAAAACAGAAAAGUCUUUCAAUUACCUUUCUGAGCUAAAAAAAAAAGAAAGAAGAAGAAUUAAAGGUGCUAAUAUAUUUUUUGCAGAAAGAUAAAAUAAUCUGACAUUUCUGGUAGUGGAACUGCAUUGAUGUCUAUUGAGUUUGGCAUUUUUCAUUCAGUUUUCCUUUUUGUGAUCACUUUUUAUUUUCACUUUCUUUCUAAAUAAGCUGAUUAUUUGUUAAGUAUUCUUUGCAUUAUAUGGCAUUCAAUGGUCUGACAUGCUAAACUUAACUUUAGCAAUACUGUUUUCACUUACAUAAAAUAAAUCUUAGUCAUUCUGA